GCUCACUUCCGGUGCGGCGCUGGGCUGGGCGAGGGAGGAACCUCCAGGCGGCCGGCCGGCGGUGCGCGGCUGCCCGCGGUCUCCAGCGGCGGCCCCGGCUUCCUACCAUGGCCGAGUCCGCCCCGGCCGGGGAGCCCGAGGUCGGUGACCCCACGUGCGUGUUCUGCCGCAUCGCGCGGGGACAGGAGGCCGGCACCGAGCUGCUGCACUGCGAGAAUGAAGACCUGGUUUGCUUCAGAGACAUCCGGCCUGCAGCGCCACAUCAUUAUCUCGUGGUGCCGAAGAAGCACAUCAGAAACUGCAGAGAGCUGAAGAGCGACCACGUAGGACUGGUUGAGAACAUGGUAACUGUUGGAAAAACCAUUCUUGAAAAGAAUAAUUUCACAGAUUGCACAGAUGUGAGGAUGGGCUUCCACCUGCCGCCCUUCUGCUCCAUCUCGCACCUGCACCUGCACGUCCUGGCGCCCAUCAGCCAGGCUGGCUUCCUGUCCAGGCUGGUUUACAGGGUGAAUUCCUAUUGGUUCAUCACGGCUGAUUACUUGAUUGAAAAACUAAGAACAUGACAGCGUCAACGGUGGAAGGUUUUCCUAAGCUUGGCUCAGUAUAAACUAAUGUUU